AUGGCAGAUCAAGAUGGAUGGAACCAGGUACGAAGAAGAAAGAAAUACGGGAGAGAGUUCGACAUAAACGGGAAAGCCGUAACGUUUUACAUUCAGAAUUUCCCCUCAGACUGGAGUGAAGCGGCGCUAUGGCGGAUGUUCAGCAUGUAUGGGGCUGUUGUUGAUGUGUAUAUUGCCAAGAAGCUGAACCGUUCAAACAAGAUCUUUGGAUUUGUUAGAUUCCUACGGAUUCACGACCCUAAAUCAUUCGAGAAGCGACUAAACGAGAUCACCAUUGGAACACAGAAGAUUGAAGUCAAUGUGGCAAGAUUUGAAAGAAAAGAACAUGUGUCUCGUACGAAAAAUCAUCAAGUCAUGAGAGGCCAGCAUGCAGUACAAACAACACAACCACAAUCAUACGUCAAGUCUUUUGCUGAUGCCGUUAGGGGAUCUUUGCCAGGUGCCACUAUGGGAGCUGGGAAAUCAAGUAAGGAGGAUGAAGAAGCGCAUUCAAGGAAAUCAAUAAAGCUGAUAUCCUUCCACGACUCGAAAGAAGCCAUGGAAAAUACUCUAGUGGGGGAAGCUGAAAGCUUCCAAGCUCUCAUGAAUGUGAAAGCUUUCCAGGAGGUGGAGGGAUGCCCGUCGAUCCAGUUAAGAUACUUAGGAGGCCUUAAAAUGCUUCUUGAAUUUGAAAAUAUAGCAGAAAAGGAAAAGUUUUUGAACGAAGGAUGGGAGAUCUGGCAACCUUGGUUCAAAACGAUAUCAGCCUGGGAAGAGGGUAUAAAUUUCAAUGAAAGAAUCGCAUCCCUAAUUAUUCAAGGUGUGCCUCAACAUGCAUGGUGCGAAGAGACCUUUAGUAUCAUUGCAAACUCGUGGGGGUCAGUGGUCAUUCCAGAAGAAUGCAACACAAGCUCUCCUAAUCUGGCAUUCGGAAGGGUCGGGAUACUUACAUCACACCCCAGAAUCAUUAGUUCCUCCAUCAAAAUCUUGGUGGAUGGGAAGCCAUUCCAAAUAAAUAUCUUGGAAGACAUUUUCGAAUCCCUCAAACUCAGUCCGGUGCUUGCUGCCAAUGAUUUCUACCAGAAAAUGUCAUGGUGGGAUGAAGAUAGUAUUGGAGAAAAUGGCAGCUUCAACAGUGAUGCCCCUGCUCUCCACGAGGUUGGCUUAAUGUCACCGGAAGCAUCUCCGGCGAAAGACCAGCAGUCGCAUGAUAGGGAAAAUGAAAAGUCGCAAGCAAAUAUUCCAGGCUCGGGAACCAAUGCGUCUCCUCGUCUCCAUAACACCUUGGAACUCCCGCGUGAAGAAUUUACGUCAUCUGAUGCACGUAGCGACACGGCGGGUGUGCUCUCCCCUUUGGGCCAAAACAGAAUGCGGGCUUCCCCCUCUCCUGUAAUCAAAAUACAUCGGCCCACUCGCUCCUUGGACCUAAACAGGGCCCCAUCUCGGUCUUUCCCAUCGGUAUCCAAUGACCAGUUUAGGUUCCAUUCCCUUAGGCCUCUCUCUCCGACGAGGUCUCGCCCUCAUACUCCCUCAUAUCCGUCUAGAAUUCCCCCUUCCUUCUCCCACCCCAUCGGUGACGCCCAUCAAUUACAAGGAACCUCGACCAGGUCUCUUCAGGUGCCCCACCAAUCAACCUCGCAGGCCAUAACCGCUGAGUCAAAUGCCACUUCCUGGGAGGUCGCAAAAACAAUCGCAGUGGGUGAAUCUGUUGGUUUCCAGGUUAGUAACCAAGCUGAUCAAAUCAAGCAGAUGAUCAAAACUCGAGGAGUGACGAUUAUCGAUCAAUGA